UGAUGAGGUGACGAUAGAUGCAAUGUGUUAAUGAGGUGCAUACUCUCUGUGGUGUUCUUGGAUUGGAUUUCGGCCAAACAGUAGACGAUGUACAUCCGAGCUUGCACGGGACUCAGGUGGAGCAAUCAACUAAUAUUAGCAAUAGCACAUUGGAAGGUUUAGAGAAGACCAUUCUCAAGUUAAAAACCGAAAGACAAGUCAGAAUACAGAAGUUGAAGGAUAUUGUCGCUAACCUAUUCGAACUUUGGAAUUUGAUGGACACGUCAAAAGAAGAGAGGAACACUUUUCUGAGGAUUACUUCUAUUGUUGCAACUUCGCCAUCAGAAAUCACCGAAAGAGGCGGUCUUUCAACAGAUGUGAUAGAGAAGGCUUCGGCAGAAGUGGAAAAACUUGCGAAACUAAAAGCAAGUAGAAUGAAAGAACUUGUUUUUAAGAAGAGGUCAGAGUUAGAAGAAAUAUGUAGAUUGACUCAUAUCGAACCUGAUACAAGUACUGCUGCCGAGAAAGCUAGUGCAUUAAUAGAUUCUGGCCUGGUUGAUCCUUGUGAAUUAUUAGCUAACAUUGAAGCACAGAUAGUGAAAGCUAAAGAUGAAGCUUUGAGCAGAAGAGACGAAACCGAUAGGAUUGAUAAGUGGCUUUUUGCUUGUGAUGAGGAAAAUUGGCUCGACGAAUAUAGCCAGGAUGAUAAUAGGUACAGUGUUGGGCUAGGUGCUCACAUUAAUCUGAAGCGUGCUAAACUAGCCAGAGUAACUGUAACCAAAAUUCCAGGAAUGGUUGACAAUCUUAUAAGCAAAACUCUAGCAUGGGAAUCUCAUCAUCUAAGAACUCUAUCUUUUGUUUCUAAAUCAGCAUUAAAAUAG